AUGGAGAUUCAAAAGAUGGGGCAUGCUGCUAAGAGCUGUCACGAGAAGUUGGAGGUGCUCCGUGAGCAGUGGGAGUCAUGCGAUGGGGAGUGGUCCAAGUCCCAAAUCUACCUCUCCCUGAAGAAAACACAAGCAGAGCGAAAACGUGGGCAGCGGCGAUGGAUGACAAGAAGAGACCUCAUCAUUAAGUACGAUUCUAUCACCAUUGCCGACCGCAUCAUAGCCAAUAAAAUGAACAAUGAGGAGACACGGGCAAACCAAACGAAAGCUCACCCUGACGACCCGGACAACGAGGAGCUUCGCCUGUACCUCGUCUGGGAUAUGGAGACCGAGACAACGGAAGAAGAUAUGGUCUUGGACCAGUUGUUCCAAGCUGCAGCAGAGGAGAAUGACCAUGAUGAGCAUUCAAAUGCUCGUCCCCGCAAAAAGGAGAAGAACAAGAAGCGCAAAGCCAGCUCUUCGACAGCGGAAAGUGAGGACUGCGAGAGCAGCGAUUCGUCAUCGCCAAAGAAGAAGGGCAAGAAAGGAAAGAAAUCCAACAAAGGCAAGAAGAAAGGCAAGAAGGGAUCAAACAAGAAGGAAACCAAGGAGGAAAAGGAGAAGCGACUCUCCAAGGAAAGGGAGGCGUUUAAGAAGGAAGAGGAGAAGGAGAAGGAAAAGAUGAAACGGGCGGUCAUAGCCAAGGCAAACAAGGAUGCUGGCGAUUCGAUUCGUUCUGUGGAUGCCCAACGUUUGGGCAGCUAUGCUGAGAACAAUGAGUCACGCAACUUUUGGAAAGCCCUGAGAAUUCCAGUUGAAACAGUGGAAAUUUCAUUGCCAAUUCGCAUCUCCGAGAAAGAGAAUGAAAUUCAGAAAUGGCCCUUGCUAGAUGUGCACUCCGUUGUGGAUUAUCUGUGGAACACUGUUGGGCUACGGAUUCCCAUGUGUCAUGUACAAGAGUACUGGCGGCAUGCUCGAGAUCAUGGGGUGCCUUGGGCGUUAGAGCACGAAGCAAGUGAACAGCACAUCCCCCUUGGUUUAUAUGGAGACUCUGCCAAAAUCUCCACAACUUUCAAUUCGGACAAAGUGGUUGGAGUGUUCUUCAAUUUUCCUUUGUGGAGACCUCAUUCGAUCAGGGCGUCAAGAUACUUGCUAUUCGCCAUAGAAGAAUCCAAAUUGUGGGGGCCGCGUACCUUGGCAGCGGUGUUUGCGCGAAUCACGUGGAGCGUCAAUCUUCUUUUUGAGGGGCGGAGACCUUCUAUGGACCCGCAAGGCAGACGGCUUCCUGACCCGGGCCGAUACGAUGGGAUGAUCUGCUGCGAUAGAUCUGUUUUCGCUGUCACAGAGAUCCGCGGGGACCAGCUGUGGCAGAAACAAACUUUUCGUUGGAGUGCGUCCUGGAUCUGGACAUCGGCUAAAGUUUGUCACGCUUGCGAUGCGAGAGCGCAAGGAGAAGGGGCAACAAACUGCUUGUACUGGGAUUUCGAUGCCUGGUUGCCAUACGAGUUUAACAAUACGCAAUUCCUUGCACGUCGUAUGCCUUCGCGAUUCCUUUGUUGCUUGGUCUGUACUAGUUCUUCACAAGGUGCUGCUUCUACGAGGGGUUCUUAG